AUGUCCAAGUUCUCCUUGAAAGGCCGAACGGCGCUGGUUACAGGUGGUGGGCGAGGAUGCGGGCUUGCGUUUGCGCGGGGGCUCGCUGAAGCCGGUGCAGACGUGGCAGUCUUCGACAUCAUCGAUCCACGGCCAGAGUUUCACGCGAUUGAGAAGGACUAUAAUGUUCGGACGGCGUAUUACAAGGUCGACGUCUCCUCUCAGGAUUCCUUGAAAGACGGCUUUGCGCAGUUCCAACAAGACUUCGACGGCAAGCUGGACAUUUGCGUUCCCUGCGCAGGGAUAAACCGCCAUACCUGCUUCCUUGGUUUUACCUACGAAGAACACCACGAUCUGCUGUCGAUCAACGUGUUGGGACUCUACUUUACCGCUCAAUAUGCAGCGAAGCAGAUGAUAGCCAACGGCACGCAUCACGGCAGCAUUAUCCUGGUCGCCAGCAUGGCCAGUUACGUCGCAGUGCGCGACCAGAACUGCUCGGCGUACUGUGGCACAAAGGGUGCAGUGCGCGCAAUGUGUCCUGCUAUCGCCAAAGAGUUGACGGAGUAUGGGAUCAGGGUCAACUCAAUCAGUCCGGGGUACGUGAAUACGGAGAUGACAGCGGCGUUUUCGCAUUUGGUGGAAGGGUGGAAGGCGGAGACGAUCAACAAGAGGAUCGCGGAGCCCGAGGAUAUCAUGGGUGCUUGUGUGUUCUUGGCGAGCGAUGCCAGUAGUUAUAUGACGGGGCAGGAUAUCGUCGUUGAUGGGGGAGUGACUAGAAUCUCAUAG